AUGCUUCGCUGUCGGACAUCAAACAUAAUAAAGACCGUAAUGUCGUUCCACACUCGGGUCCUAAAAGUUCGCAAGGAGUCCAUUACUUUUUCGGGCGAUGUGCCUCAAAUUUCCGAUGCGGAAACGCUCGAAAACCUCCGUCUAGCUGCCUCUCAUGUACGUCAAUCAGGCUCGAUAGUGGCGUUUCCUACAGAGACGGUCUAUGGCCUUGGAGGCUCGGCCCUUGACGAUGACUCUGUGCGUGCCAUUUACACAGCGAAGAACCGGCCUGCCGACAAUCCUUUGAUCGUUCACGUGGCAUCGGUUGAUCAAAUCCAGCGGCUCAUUCUUCCAAGCCUGCGGCAAAUCCCCGCUGUUUACGAAAAGCUCAUCGCCAAAUUCUGGCCAGGCCCGUUGACUAUUCUCUUACCCAUUGAGAAAGGCAGUCCAGUGCUGCAGCUUGUCACUGCAGGGCAGAACACAGUAGGUGUCCGCAUGCCCAGUGAUUCAGUGGCCAGAGCGCUUAUAGCUCUCAGCGAUACUCCUUUGGCUGCUCCUUCAGCCAAUGCAUCAACGCGGCCAAGUCCCACGCUUGCAGAGCACGUCCUAUAUGACCUCGAUACCCGUAUUCCUUACAUCUUGGACGGCGGCCCUUGCACCGUUGGGGUCGAGUCUACAGUGGUGGAUGGGCUUGUAAGCCCACCCAUGUUACUUCGUCCUGGUGGCGUGUCACCGGAGCAAAUCCGUGAAUCUGGCGGUUAUGGGUGGAACGAAGUGAUUUUGGCUAAAAAGACCGCAGGCAAGACGGAGCCAGUGCGUACUCCAGGCAUGAAGUAUCGUCAUUAUUCGCCAACAGCACGUGUGAUUUUGUUUGUGGGCUGUGGCGACGGUCGUACAGCAGUUCGUAAAUAUGUUGAUCAGCAUCUGGGUCGGGUUGCCCUUUUACGUUCGAAACAAUUUGUUCCAGCAAGCGAGAUGGGGAUCUCUGUGCUGUCAGACAAGGAAAUGGGCACUAGCGCGGCAGAGGUGGCACGCAAUCUAUUCCGUUUGCUUCGAGAGGUUGAUGAAUCGGGUGUUGACAUGAUUUUGGUGGAGGCUGUGGACGAAGUGGGAGACGGGCUCGCAGUGAUGAACCGUCUUUCGAAAGCUGCCUCCGAGACUGUGGUUGGAAAAGGCGAUUGCAACUAG